CAAUGAUGAUAAAUUUUAUGGAAAAAAAAUAUUCACUUACUUCCUUUUUUUUAAUCAUUUAUUGUAUAAAUAUAAAAAAAAAAAUUCUUAAAUGGGUUGGACAUAUACAAAAGCGCUUUUAGGAGCAAGCUCUUCUUCUUCUUCCACAACUAAAACAGCUACACGAGGCAGACCUAAGAAGCAGCCUAAUACAUCACCGAGAACUCCUAAUCGUGCUCGUAGCAUGCCAGCAUCUAAUACUUUACCAAGUAUUCCUAAUCGUGCACAUGAUGAUGUAACAACAAUAAGAUCUGCUAGUCCAUCCAUAUCUAAUACAACUUCAACAAAGCUUCCUAAUCCUGCUAAUGCUCGAUUUUCUUCUUCUCCAGUUAUUAAGAAUAGAGAGUCAUCGAUUGAAAGUACUUCAAGUUCCAAGAAAAUGUUGGUCCGUGACAUGUAUGAAAAUCUUUUACCACCAAAUAAAUCCAAUUAUCAUUCAGGAUCCAGCACAGCAUCAACUGAUUCAAUACCAUUAUCCCAGUUAUUAAGACCUCAAUCAAAUGUGAAUGCCAAAGAUAUAACAACGAGUGAUGAAACUGCUAAACCUAAAAAGAGAGGUCGAACUCCAAAUACAACAACUGUACAAAGACGGAAACGUACUACAGAUGAGGCAAGAUCAGAGACAUCAAAAAAGAUCAUGAAACGUCAAUCAUUACCCAUAUUAGAUGCUAUUUAUCAACUAAAGCUUGUAAUAAAGGGUCAUACUGAGAUCAACAUACCAGUAAGAGAGAAAGGAGAUUUAGAGGAUAGUAAAGAUAUUUGGUGUUGUGAAUUUGAACCUAUUCGACAUAGUGACGAUAUAUCAACACAAACUGUAGCCAUUGCAGGCUCUUAUAGCGUUCUCUUUUUGGAUACAGAACAAGGACGUUAUAUAAAAAAAUACACACAUUCAGAAAUGCAAGAAGUCUUUUAUUGUAUGUCUUGGACUACAUUGCAGGGUAAGGAAUUAUUGAAUGAACAAGCGACAGAGGAUGAUCCUGGCUGCAAUAUAUUGGCAGUAGCAGGUCGAUUGGGUUCUAUCAAAUUAUUAAAUCCUUUGCAAAAUGAAUGUUAUCGUUAUCUAUUUGGACAUCGUAAGGCUGUUUUAGCCUUAACAUUUGCUAAAGCUGAACCUCGAUGGUUAUUUAGCGCAUCGGCUGAUCGAACUGUUCGUUUAUGGGAUAUUGGAUCACCUACAAGUAAAACAGAUGACUCUGCCUGUUUGGCAAGGUUUAAUAUUCCUCAACGAUUAGGCAACCCAACUUCAAUAAGUAUCUCACAUGACCUUUCUACCCUUAUGGUAGGGUGUGAUAAUGGCGAUUUAAUACGAUACACGAUCACUAAAAGACAUAUCCAAGCAUUCAAAGCCAAGACACAAGAGUUUAGAGACAAAGAAGCGUCUGAGAAUGGAGAUAAAUGGGCAUCUGGUGGUGCAAUUGCAAGUUUAUCACCUAUGACGGUAUACCCUACAGGUGACGAAUGGCACGAAGGAUACCUUGAUGAUAUUUGUAUAUUAGGCCAAGAUGGAAAUGAAAAGCAUCAUUUAUAUAAUAAGAUAGUUUCUCGUGCUUCAGAUGAUAUGGAAAUAAUUAUAUGGGAUCCUAAAAAGAGUACAAAGGAUGAUGCUAGUAUUGACAUAUCCUUAGAAUGGCCCGAGUCUGCUGAAUGUACAGGUUUAAAAUAUAAAGUAAUUGAAAAAGGUAAUAUAUGAUAUAAACUAUGAAUAGAAUGUACAAAUUAUAUUGACUUGGUAGCAGUGGGGCAAAAGGUAUUGAUUGCAGGUGACUAUGAUGGUCAAAUCCGCAUUUAUAACAUUGGUGAUGGUAAAAAGAGUAAAACAUUACCUGAUAACAGCAAAGAACAGUUUCCACCAACAAGAAUUUUAUCACAUCCUUCAUCUGCUGAACUCAUUCGAGAUUUAACGUAUUCUAGUGAUACUAGCACGAUUGUAGCUGUGAACAAUGAUAACACUAUCUUUGUUUGGACUGUUUAAAUAUACAUAUCUAGUUUUGUCUAAUAAUAAUAAUAAUAAUAAUAAAAACUACUGUUAUUUUCA